CAGCAUUUGUUGGAAAAGUAAAGGCUUCUCUGGGAUCUUUAGUGUCUUGAUGCAUUCUACACAAUGAUAUAGUUCAGUCAGGGUAAACUAUAUUCCUCAUUCUGCCAAACUGGAGCUAUUUAAGGUGCUUUUUUAUGCUCAUGCCAAGUGAACAAGUUCACAGAGAUCCCUGGACCGCUGAGGACGUCUGAAAGCAUUACGUGUUCAGUUCCUGCACUUCCAGUUAGUGCCACCAAUCUAGUGCAGCUAGAGCAUCAAGGCGCAGCAUCCCACCUCCCCUCCACUGCACCUCAGUCACACCAGUCCAACCAGGAGAGGAUGAGCAUUAAUGCCUAGUGGACCUGUUGCCUAUUUGGCAAAAGCAGAGCAAUUCAGGGACACAGGUCUGUAGAAAGGCAGUGAAAGGGAAGGAGAGAUGCCAUUUGGAGGACUUACAGGUCUGAAGGAGAAGGUGCUGAAGCCGGGGAAGGAGGAGAUGAAGUAUGCAGUGGGCGACUCUCUGGGGAACCUGCAGAGGAAGAUUGAUGGCACCAAUGUAGAUGACGAGGCGCCAAUAGAGCUAACGGAAGAUGGCAGGCCUGUUUCUGCUUCUCACCGCAGCCCACCGAUGCUCGAUUGUGGUUGCUUCGGCCUGCCCAAGCGCUACAUCAUCGCCAUUCUCAGUGGGCUGGGUUUCUGUAUCUCGUUUGGUAUCCGCUGCAAUCUAGGUGUGGCCAUUGUGGAAAUGGUGAACAACAACACGGUGUACAUCAAUGGGACUGCUGUGAUGCAGCCUGCCCAGUUUAACUGGGAUCCUGAGACCGUAGGGUUGAUACAUGGCUCAUUUUUCUGGGGUUACAUUGUUACUCAAAUUCCUGGAGGCUUCAUUUCCAACAAGCUAGCAGCGAACAGGGUGUUUGGAGCUGCUAUUUUCCUCACAUCUGUUCUAAAUAUGUUCAUCCCAUCAGCAGCGAGAGUCCACUAUGGCUGUGUUAUGUUUGUGCGAAUCUUACAAGGGCUGGUUGAGGGAGUCACCUAUCCAGCUUGCCAUGGAAUGUGGAGCAAAUGGGCUCCUCCGCUCGAAAGAAGCCGUCUGGCGACUACAUCUUUUUGUGGCUCAUAUGCAGGUGCUGUGAUUGCCAUGCCUCUGGCAGGAGUGCUAGUGCAGUAUGUAGGCUGGCCCUCCGUUUUCUACAUCUAUGGAGUGUUUGGAAUCAUAUGGUAUACUUUCUGGCUACUGCUUGCCUAUGAGAGCCCAGCUGUACACCCAACUAUUAGUGAAGAAGAGAGAUCAUACAUUGAGACCUCAAUUGGAGAAGGGGCCAACUUAAUGAGUGUUACUGAGAAAUUCAAGACUCCAUGGCGACAGUUCUUCACCUCUAUGCCAGUCUACGCCAUUAUCGUGGCCAACUUUUGCCGUAGUUGGACCUUCUAUCUCCUGCUUAUUAGCCAACCAGCUUACUUUGAGGAGGUUUUUGGUUUUCCUAUAAGUAAGGUGGGCAUUUUGUCAGCUGUGCCCCACAUGGUGAUGACCAUCAUCGUGCCGAUCGGAGGGCAGCUCGCAGAUUUCUUGAGGAGCCAUAAAAUCCUGUCCACCACAACCGUGCGCAAAAUCAUGAACUGUGGAGGUUUUGGGAUGGAAGCUACAUUACUGCUAGUGGUGGGAUUCUCACAUACACGUGGUGUAGCCAUCUCAUUUCUUGUCCUGGCAGUGGGCUUCAGUGGCUUUGCCAUAUCAGGUUUCAACGUGAAUCACCUUGACAUUGCUCCCCGUUAUGCAAGUAUCCUGAUGGGAAUCUCCAACGGGGUAGGCACACUGUCUGGUAUGGUGUGUCCUCUCAUCGUUGGAGCACUGACCAAACACAAAACUCGUCGGGAAUGGCAGAACGUGUUCGUGAUUGCCUCCAUGGUCCAUUAUUGCGGUGUGAUCUUUUACGCCAUCUUUGCAUCAGGUGAAAAACAAGACUGGGCUGACCCCGAGAGCACUAGUGAAGAGAAGUGUGGCAUCAUCGAAGAAGACGAACUUGCUCAGGAGACUGAACCCAGCUCUGACAGCUCCCUCAGCACCAGCAAGAUGAAGUCUUACGGAGCCACUACAGAGAACUCAGCUGGCCGCAAACAGGGCUGGAAAAAGAAAAGAGGCAUGACCACGCAGGAGGAAGAUGAAAGAGGAUGUUAUGAGAAUGGGGACUAUUAGGAGAAUUAUCAAUGACAUUUGGGAUUUAGGGUUCAGCCUUGGACUCCUCUAACCUCAUUGGUUUGCUUCUAAGGUGAUGAAAUCAAAAUGAGCAACUCCACUGCAACUCCAAUGGAUCCAUGCAACAUUACCCAUGUGGUUGUGCAAUAUGAUAAUAUGAUAAUAUGAUAAAAUCAUGAGAUAAUAUGAUUUAUGUGCAAUUCAUUUUAUUUUGGCUACUUUUUGACUUUUCGUCCAUCCUCUCUGAAACUGUGUAAACCCACUGAUGAGGUCCAAGUUCUUUGUUAGACAUCAGUCUUUGUGGUUAUGUGAUGGUCUAUACUGAGUGACUAAAUUUAUCUAAAAUAUUUUGUCUGUUUCAUCAUAUUUAAUUUUGAGAGUCCUGCAGAUACAAAAAGUCCAAAAAGAAAGAUUCAAGUACUACUUUAAGUAUUAAGAUUAGUAUAAAUAAUCUAACUCUCUUAUCAGUGUUGUAAAACAACAUGAAGUGCACUUGGGGGAUAGAUAACUUAGCGUUUUAGCAUUUUUGCUCAUAUUUCUGGGGUUAGGGAUUCGAUUCCUUCCCCUGCCCUGUAUCUAUGGAGUUUUCCUGUACUCCCUGUGCUUCAGGGUUUCCUCCAGUUAGUUCUGGUUUCCUUUCCCACUCCAAAGACAUGCCUUAUAGGAUGAUUGGCAUCUCUAAAUUGUCUGGAGUGAGUGAGUGAGUGUAGCUGGUCCUCCGCCUUGUGCACCAAGUCCCCUGGGAUAGACUUGAGGUUCCAGCAACCCUGACUAGGAUAAGCGCUACAGACAACGGAUGGAUAAAAUGAUCAUACAAAUCAAUUUGACAUUCAUCCCCAUUCGUUAUCCAUAAGCAGAAAUUAUGCAUUUAUAUUUUUAUUUAUUUUUGGUUUAUUAAGGCCUGUCGUUGUAACCUAUGCAAUAAAAGGUAAAUAUAAAAUUUGUGUGAAUAUUUAUACUGGCUCGUCGAGAACACUACGAGCUAUACUUCUUCGCAUUGCUUGUUCGCAUUGCUAUUGUAGGGUUCAACCUGCAGGUUUGUUUCUAAACCUAGCAAAUUAACCAAACCACCUAAAUUAUUAUUAUUUUAACAUGUUAUGGAUCUUGUUAAGGUUUAGUGUUCAUCUCUAGACUUAAUGGACUUGCACAAGGCUCACCCGAAUCAUAAAAAUAUAGCAUUCAUGUUAGGUCUUUUGAUUACACUAGUACCAGUUCAGCACCAACACAAGAUGAAAAUGUAAUAAUUCCUGCUCAAAACCAGCAAUGUGCCUCUUUUAUAAGCACGGCGUAGCUCUAUUGUCAGUGUAAAUUUAUUGGGAAAAAAAUGGAUGUUUAAAUGUAAAGUUAUUGCAGCUAGUAUUAUCUGUAACAGUUUAAUUUGAGACAAAUAAAGUAAAUGUUUCAAUUCA